UCUCGAUAGGUCGACCAAUGGCGUGUCCGGGUUUUGGAACGCAGUUUCGUAAAUCAUAUGAUUGAAUAACUGUGUAGAAAAGAGGAAAUCCUCAUCUCCGUAAAAAAGGUCCAUUAGCCAUAGAGUAAAAUAGUGAAAAUAGUAAUGCAUUAGCUCUAUGCGAGCUGGAGUGGGCAGGUGUUCUCUGGUUGUGGUUCGGCCGCCUUCGGUGUCACUGGUGUUGGGCGAAGUCUGCGGGUUCUGUAGUUGCUGCUGUUGCGGUGCUGGAAGGCUACUGCAAAGCUGCAAUCUGUGCGCGUGUGACAUGUGAUAAACCAUUCGCCACGCAACACCUGCAUGGCCAGUGUAGAAAGGUUCUCAGACACGAUGGUCUUUCCCGGUGACACCCUCAACAUCGGCAGCCUUAUUUUUCAAGUGGACUGGACCGAACCAUGGCUGAUGUGCCUUGUGACCUUCCACAUUGCGACGUUCAGCCUGACGCUGCUUACUCGAGACCGGGGCAAUGUGCAGGCUGUCUUGUUUAUGAUAGCAUUGCUUCUGGUGUACUUCUCCGAGGCGCUCAAUGAUCUAGCUGCACGGCAUUGGCAAGCCUUCUCCAGCCAACAGUACUUCGACAGCCAGGGCAUGUUCAUCUCGCUUGUGUUCUCUACGCCCCUGCUGCUCAACUGCAUCAUCAUGGUGGGUCAGUGGAUGUGGACAUCUGGAACGCUCAUGAUUCGAAUCAAGCAAGCCCAGCUCCGGGAAGAGAUGCGUCGGCAGCGGUCAGCAAACUCAAGUCAUUCCAAGGGGAGCAAGGAUGACUGAAUGCAGUCUACACUGCUGGCUUCGUGAUGCCUGGAAAAUGGGGCUGUUGCCCAAACUGUUUCACAGCUGCGUGGUCUUGAGCCCUCUUUCAGCCUGUCCUGUUGAGUGUAUGCAAUGUGCUGUGCAGAAACAGUGACUCUCAACGAGAUGGUGCUCACCUUUGCAGGCUGCUGCUGGAUUCGAGACGAAAUUUAUAGUGGCAUGCCCCAUCAAGCACAAUUCAAUUUGAAUAUUACUGUGAAUCAGUCUUUGUUGGUUUUGUUUGUUAUUGUGGGACCUGACUUUUCUUGAGUUUCACCCUCGCACCAUCUUUUUAUGUGAUAUACUUGAAAAAAAUGGAGUUUCCUCUAUCUUUUUGUCUUAUCUGCCAUGUAUGCGAAGUGCUUUGCUAAUGUGAAAUAACUCUCCUUGUCUGUUGAAGUUCUCAACAUUUGCCUAGAAAAACCUAGUUAAAGCCUCAAAUCUCAGUGACAGGCCGAUCCAGUAAGCAGUCUUGCAUUCAACACUCCUUUAUAUUUAUAUUAAUGUAAUGAAAGUGAUGAACAAUAUUCUAUUGUUUUCACUAGUUUUCAGUUAGGUUUAAGAGAGCUGUUUCAUUUUAUUGCUGUCCUAUUUAGCUCUUAAACCAUUUCUAGCACGUGUUGUAGAAAUAAGACUACAUAACCUCAACAAAACUGAAACCGUGCUUGUUGCUGUGCACUAAAGUAUAACCCCAGGAACCUAUUGAUUGAAAAAAUGGUAUUGAAAGGUGGGCCAACCCUUGAAUACGUCAAGAGCACCUGAACCAUUCUUGGGGGGAGGGGGGGAGGGGGGGGUUCGUUGAAUUUACAUUCCAUGACCAAAACAUGGUGAAAUUGCUGAAAAAUAUUUUGUGUAGAGCUCAAGAAAAGAAAUGGCAUUUAUCUCCCCCAGAAAGCUGUUCCUUGCGACGUGCUGUUGUAAAACUCGUGUGCAGUAGCUCUUCCCUGACAUCACCUGGCAGCAUCUUGCAGUUCCCAGCCAAUGAAUACAAGUACACAUCUUUAUGAUACAGCUUUUAUGUAUAACUGUACAGAAAGUCUUCGUGCACAUGCACUCCUGUUGACCCUUCCACUUUUGUGAUAAGGGGAGGCAUGAUAAGUGCACUGUCAGAGAACCACCUUCUUAUUGGCUUCUUUACUUUGAGUGAGGAGCAGCGAUCGUGACCUCAUAAUUCAUGAGGUUGGUGGCAGCCAUGUCCAAAUAUAGCUUGCACUAUUAGGGUCUAGCAUUGUCAAGGCUGGAGCUUAAUAAUUUUUCUGUCAGCUGCUGUCAAUAAAAGUAAAACCUGGGUGUUGUGGUGCUCUGAUUAAGCAGCCACCGAUAGGCACAGUUUAGUUGACGACAACGGCCAAAAAUCUCCUUUGUGGGUCAUUUUGUUGGACUCCUUCUAGAGUAAUUUUUGUAGAAGUUCAUCGUUACGUGUGAGGAUGUUUCAGUCAGUUGGUUGAACUUGCUGACAUUGUUCUAACAGCUCUAAGGAUGAAUAUGACAUGAGUGCUGACUUGCAGCUACUAUAUAAUUUGAGGCUAUCUGUAAUACAAUUUAAUUACCAAACACUGGUAUGCUGAUUUGUUCUUGGAGGCACUAAGCGAAUAAGUUAUCCUCGAGUGAGACAUUGAUGUGUGAAGCACGUGGAUUUUUUUUUUCAUUACAUACUGACAAUCUUGUACGUGUCUGCGUUGUUAUCUUUGUGCUGCUAGAAUCAAACGUAUUUGAAGACCCCUUUUUUGGGGAUGACAAAAAAUGUGCCACUUUAUACAUUAUGUCAUAUUGUAUUCCUACUUGUUUAACAUGGUACUAUAAUUUUUUGUUAUUCAUGUAAAAGAAGAAUCGUUUCGAAACUUCACUUGUUGUCCCAUGCACAAGCCUCGUGCCAAAUUAAAAUGUGGAAAUGGUGAAGCUGUGCAUUUAUAAUGGGUCCUCCUAACAGCAGUGUGUCAAGCUAAUUAUUUGAUUUCAUCUUGCUGCACCCUGCAUGUACGAUGUCAGGUGUGUAAGUCCCAGAUGUUCCUUGUUUUGCAUUGUGUUUUAGCCUACAGGGUGAUGCUGAAUAUGGAGGGUGUAGAAGAGACCCUGAAGGGAAUCACACCGGAUUGGUGUGCAACGAGAAACUGUGCAAAGCAGCACUGUGAUAUGUGAAGGGCAGACUAGGAGGGAGGGUGCUUAGGCCAUGUGUAUGGCAAAUGGUGCUUGCUGCUUCAUUUGUGAAGAAGCUGUCGUAUUCUGUUUCACAAUUUCCAUCCAGGAUUUGUCAUCUCGCUUUGUGUUGUACCUUGCUAUCGAGAGAGAGCUCAGCUGCCGACCAACAUGCUGAGGCUUUUGCUGCAUCUGCUGGCUUAGUGUUGCUGUUAUUUUAUGCGAAAUUAUUGAUCUGUAAUUCAGGAUUUCAUAGAGCCUAUAAAAAGAUAUUGUAAGUUCAUUUAAAUUUUUGUAUGACUGGCAUCAACAGCAGGCCAGAGAUUGUAAAUGACCUUGAAGUCUUGGGAACAUUGUUGAAAAUACAAGACAAUUAGACACUUAUCUAUGUAAGUACCUGCUAUUAGUGAAAGUUUUGCUUCCCUCUGAUGCACUACCUAUAUCGUGUUCAGAGCAGAAGUGACACUUUGUUUAGGUGAAUUUGUAUUGCCGUUACAGUCUAGCCUCUAUGCUACUCUCUUUGACCAGUCCUGUAGCUGUGAUAAUACUGUAGUAGUUUGCACAUGCUUUCAUUCUGUGAAGCACUUCAGAAGCACACUUUUUUUUGUUGUUGUUGUAGAGUGAGGUCUUGGCCCUAAUAUAAAUGUGGUAUUUUUAGGGUAUUGUGUGUUUUUCAUUAAAAAAAGAAAACACUGCUGCA